AUGCAGGGUUCCGCUGCAAGCGGCGAGAUGGCAAACUAUCGGAAGAUCGGGCGGAGGGAGGUGGAGAGCCCCCUGCCUUUCGCUGACCUGCCGGCGGACACGGUGGAGAUGCGGGUGAAGGAGGGCAGCAAGAUCCGCAACCUGAUGGGCUUCGCGCUGGCCCGCAUGGAGCUGGAGGGGACGCGGAGGAUAGUAUUCAGCGGUUCGGGCCGGGCGGUCACCAAGACUAUCACUUGCGCCGAGAUAAUGAAGCGGAGGCUGGGAGGGUUGCACCAGAUCACCAAGCUCCGUCCGAGGAGCCUGCGGGAGACCUGGCAGAGCAGCACCGCCGGCAGUGCGGGUGCCCUCACCCUGCUCAAGACCGUUCCGUCCGUCUGCAUCCUGCUAUCCAAGGAGCCCCUGGACCCGGCCGAAGCCGGCUACCAGCCUCCGGUCUGCGGGCCGCCGCUGUGGCCGGAGCCGGCUGUUGGUUCCCGAACGGGGCCAGAGGAGCGAGGGCUCAGCCCGGUCAACCGGGGCAUCAAGCGCCGCUCCCGGGGAAGCGACAGUAGCUGCGGGGGCGAGAUGGUCCCGAAGCUCAGCAAAGGGGAACAGGCUAGUGAGAGCGCUCCUUUCCCCGGCUACACUUACCUCCCGAACCCCCAGCAGUAA